AUGGAAAGCAUGCAGGCUGCCCUCGAGUGUGUGUCAAAGCUGCCAGCAGAUAAGAUUGAUGGUAUUCACAAGAUUUGGGCGAGGGACUUGAAGGAGCUAGUCUAUGAUAUUGAAGAUAACGUUGAUGCUUUCAUGGUGCGCAUCGAUACUCCUGUGGAUGGCAAGACACAUAGCUUCAGAAGAUAUUUUGAUAGGAUCAUCGACCUAUUGACAAAAGCCAAGCAUCGCCAUCAAAUUUCCAAUGAGAUUCAAGAGAUCAAGAACCGCAUCCAAGAGGUUUCUGGUAGGAGAGAAAGGUACAAGUUUGAAAAUAUUGUAGUGCAUCCUGACAAUAAAAAAAUGGAUCCUCGGUUGCCGUCUCUCUAUGUUGAUGUAAAGAAGCUCGUUGCGUUGCUAAUGCGUGGGGAGGGUGGGAAAAAGCAGCAGCUAUUGGUUGUGUCCAUUGUUGGAGUCGGUGGCCUUGGAGAAACAAGCCUUGCCCAUUUAGUGUACCAAAGAAUCAGAAGACAGUUUCAGUCUCAAGCUUUUGUUUCAGUCUCCUUGAAGCCAGAAAUAAAUAAAAUUUUCAGCAGUAUAUUACGGCAGGUUAGUGGAAUGGAAUACCCCAAUGAUGAAGCAUGGGAUCAAACUGAGCUUAUAGCAAAAAUCAGACAAAUUCUUGAGAAAAAUAGGUACAUCAUUGUGUUUGAUGAUAUAUGGAGUGAUUCAGCUUGGAUACAGAUCAAAUGUGCUCUUAUUGAAAACAACCUUGGUAGCAAAGUCAUUGUGACGACCCGGAAUGUUGAUGUGGCUAAAAUUUCUUGCUCACCCAUUGAUGCAACUCUGUAUGAACUAGAUCCUCUCUCUUAUGAAGACUCUAAAAGGCUGCUUUAUAGUAGGGUAUAUAAUGAAGGUGAGGAAAUUCAUCCCGAAUUGGAGGAGGUAUCACGAAAUUUUUUGAAGAAAUGUGGUGGCGUACCAUUAGCUAUCAUUACAAUAGCUGGUUUAUUGGCUAGUAGACACAAAGCAAAGUAUGAAUGGUAUAGCGUAUACAAAUCAAUGGGUUCAGGACUUGAAAAGGACAAGACAAUGGAAAAUAUGAGAGAGAUAUUACAUCUUAGUUAUUGUGAUCUACCUUCCUAUCUAAAGCCAUGUUUAUUGUAUUUAAGCAUGUUUCCGGAGGAUCAUAUGAUUCCAAGAUACGAUCUUGUAUUAACUUGGGUAGCAGAAGGUUUCGUUGAUGAAAAACAGGGGAGUAAUUUGUAUGACAUUGCAAAGUGGUAUUUCAAUGAGCUUGUUAAUAGAAGUAUUAUUCAGCCAGUAAACAAGGAUGAAAAUGGCAAUGCAAAAUAUUGCCGUGUACAUGAUAUGAUACUUGAUCUCAUCAUCUCCCUUUCCGUACAAGAAAAUUUUGUCACCAUAUCUGAAGGUUCACACCUCAUAGCUCCAGCACGCAAGAUCCGACGACUGUCACUGCAAGGUACCAAGGUAUAUUGCAACAAGGAAGCUACCACGGAAGAGCAGGCCAUACUGCCAUCAACUGUGAAUGUGUCCCAAGUCAGGUCUCUCAUUGCAUCAGGUGAUACAUGUAAAUGUCCGCCACCUCUGUCAAGAUGCUGGCUGGUGUUUGCUCAAGGAGUGAUGCCAAAACUUCAGAGGCUUGAGUUAUCCUUUGGAGUACGGAAAAGAGAAGAUGGUGGUUUUGAUACCGGCCUGGAGAAUCUUUUGUCUCUUAAGCAUGUUGCUUUCAAAGUUGACUGUACAGGCGCCCGGAUCAGGGAGGUGCAGGAUGCAGAGACCAAGAUCAGGAAUCGGGGCAAGUCCCCGCUGUGA